GCGCGAUCUCUCGCGAUCUCUCGCGAUCUCUCGCGAUCUCUCGUGUCCCGUAUGGUCCCGUAGCACGUCCUGUCCUACUGCGUCCGACUGUCCCAGCUGGACCAAAAUAUCAUCGACGAUCAGCGCGACUAGUGGAUGCUAGUGGAGAGUGGUACGGCCAAGGAUCCAGGGCCGUAUAUAUUCGCGGUUGCGAAUUAACCCUAUCGAUCUUCGUCUCGAGUUUACUUUUGACGGAACUGGACGGAACGGAUCACUGCAACACUCUAACCUACACAUGCCCCUGUAAACAACAGAGGCGCGGACGCGCGCCUCUUCUAACCUUGUACCAUGGUAUAAUAAAUAUUAUACACCGUAAACGUUUUUCAUCUCGGCUGCAUCUGGCUGCAUGCUGCAUCUCCCUCAAUUCCCUUUCCCAUCCUGUCCCAUCCUACUGUGUGAGUGGGAUACACUUUUAUUUGGAGUGGAACUCAUCUUUUGGCUCUUGGCGCCUUGCCUGUUCAACGUUCAAGCCAGUUCAAUGGUUCAACCGUCGAUCUCUAAUCGAUUUCGCUCGAUCUGUUGCCGCGAGAUGGCCACACGUGAUGCACGGCAGCAAUAUCACACGUCGGUAAUAUCGUAUGCCACUGUUGCCACUCGAUGUGUACAUAAUUACAUACAUCGUCGUAUAUCGUGAACGUAACCUCAAUCGCAAGCGGAAUAAACGUCAUAUAACCUUAGUGGAUUCAUGACGUUAACUCCAAAAACAAAUAAAAUAAAAUAAAAUUGCAAGUGGAAUUCAGCAAAAAUGAAUUCCAUCACGGACAGUCCAGGUUCUAAAGCUCUCGAAGCUGCUAAAAAUAUCAAGGAUCUGGAUGUAUUCAAGAAGCCAAUCGGAUCCGUUAAGAGGAGCAAAAGUAUUCGACCCAAGAUCUUGGACGAAGAUACAUAUAUCGAAAGAAUGAGCGAAAUUAUACAAAAGGAUUUCUUUCCACACUUGGAAAAGCUACAAGCGCAAAAUCAGUACCUAGAUGCUUUAGAGCAAAACGAUAUGAACAGAAUGAGAGAGCUGUACGCCAAGUACAGCUCCGGUCGACCUGUCCCGACCGAGAGGCCGGUCAGUCCUGCGACUUUCGAAACCCCAUUACGUAGAACCGAAUCGGACGAAACGACGCGCGGCGGGGCAGGGGAUAGUGUCGAAGAGGUAGUGUCGUCGCCGUCGUCGUCGUCUCUCGACGAAGCGUCCACCGAGUCUGUAAAGAGGAUAAAAAAUGAUAAAGCUGGUUUGGAUGAUUAUUUGAGCGCUCACACGAGCGAGGAUAACGCUAGUUUUGAAGAGAUGAUGGUAGAGACCGAAAAUAAACGUAAGCUCAAGUAUGCCUGGCUUUACGAGGCAGAGGAAAAGUCAAAAGCGUGGCUUGCCAUUGAUAAAUCCCCCACGACUGACGUCUUAGCUAUCCAAGGACCGAAUCAAAGACCCAAACAGGUGGAUAGUUGGGCUUACAAGAAUAAGAAUUAUAUUAUGUACAUUCCUGAUGGAGUGGAACUUACGGCGGAAGAGAAAAUAGAAUUAGCUAAAAAGAAACAAACUAUAAUGCACGAAAAUACGAGAUUGCGAACAAAUCCGUUUAACGAGCAACAGAACAAGGAGACGAUCGACGAAUUAGCUAAAUCGCAGUCCAGAGCUAACGACGGCAAGAUUGGCGUGGAUGGCAAGGAGGUUGUUAGAAACGCGACGCCACGAGUCAAUGGUUUUAGCUUCGUCGCGACGCCGAGUCCGAGACCGGGAGAGUGCGAAAGUCCAUUGAUGACGUGGGGUGAGAUCGAAGGGACACCCUUCCGAUUGGACGGUGGGGACACUCCGUUGUUGAGAACGAGUCAGGGACCAUCUUUUAGAAUAGCCGAACCGCCGAAAAGAGAGCAGUUGGCGUUGCAAUUGGCUGAGAAGGCUGGCGAGAGACAUCGGGAUCGAAAGAAUAAAGCGUUAGAAGCAGCCAGAAAAUCAUUAGCUACCCCAUCACCAAAGUCAACCAUAGAUCGUCUGAGUACUAUGUCUCCCGCGGCAAGAAGAUUAGCGACUCAGAAGCUUCGGAUAUCGAAUACGCCGUCGUCUCGGCGAACGCCAUUGUCCAGGACUCCGUCCGUAGGCAUCAGAACACCCAAUACGCUCAAUACGCCACGCUCGACUAAGGAAGCCAUCUCUCGAAAGUCGGAAAUUAAUGCCACGCGAAUACAAGGACCCGUACUCACCGACAAUUUACUUAAUUUACCUUUGCAGCGACAACGAACGUCAGAUUUCUUCAACAAAUGAGAACUUUUAUAUUCGAAAUGUUGUAUGUAUAUAGAACGAUCGCGUGUAGAUAGAAUAGAUAGAUAGAUAGAUAUUUCUCUUUAGCUUACACAAAAAUUGCCAAGAAGAGCACUUGGUUUACAAUAUUUCUUUAAAACCGUUCAUCCAUCUACACAGUUCCGCGCACAUACGUCUCUGCAUACUUCAAUUGUUUUAUCUUUUACAUUUUUACAUUUUCUUAUUUUCCUACUUUCCUCCGCUAUCCUUUACGCUAUUUUCUAUGACAUACAUAAUGAUAACAUUGCUUUCUCUAUUGUACACAUUUAUACCUUUUACAUUUAUACAUUUGUAUAUUUUACAGCUUCACAUUCUUAUCGUUUUACAUUCCUUUAAAUCUUUUGUACUAUCCUUGUUCUCUAGAUUCUGUCUUGAUUUCAUUUUAUAUGCACCUACCCUAUUUUUUACAGCCAUUUUUCUGUUGCGCUUCUAUAUCCUUCUCUCUACCUUUUAUUUCUUGUGCUCUAUCCCUAGUCCUAACGUAUGCUUAUGUUUCUUAUCCUUUCUCCUCCCUUUUCCUUUUCCUCUCUUAUCCUAUUUCUUUCAUCGAAAUAAUCUCACUUCCCCUUUCUGAUGGCGUGUAGAGUUCGAAACACGUACUUCGAUAUACAUCAACUAUGAACGUAUGUCAUCACCGACUCUUGUUGUCUAUGUUAAUGUUAAGGAAAUACGUAUAUGUAUGUAUAUGCACACAUACAUUGUAUAUUGUGUAAAUGGUUAAUUAUCAAUUAUAUUUUUAAUAUAAUAAAUUAAUGAAAAUCUUUUAACUUAAAAUGUUAUUGAGUGUCGCUAGUCCUGUUACGACUUAUGCAGAUACUUAAUUGUUACGUUUGCAUUUAUUUUUCAUUAUAUUUGAUUGAUC